AUGGCAAAGCAGAAAACAGCGAGAACUUACGACGAUGAUGGAUUCAGGAGGAGGGCAGCCUGUGUGUGUGUGAAGGACUGCAAUGAGACUGAGAUUUUAUUGGUCUCAGCGAAUCGAGACCCAGAGCUCUGGAUAAUCCCUGGAGGGGGUAUCGAACCCACCGAGGACAUCCAGGUGGCUGCCCUUCGAGAAGUCCUUGAGGAGGCCGGGGUCAAAGGUCGACUGGACAGGUGUCUUGGUGUUUUUGAGAGUAUGGAAUGCAAGACUCGAACGUUCGUGUUUGUGAUGGUGGUCGGAGAGGUUCUUGAUGAAUGGGAUGAAAUGAUUAGCAUCGGAAGGAAGCGGAGGUGGUUUCCGGUUGAUGAGGCGAGGCAUCACUUGAAGAUGCACCGACCGGCACAUCUCCUCUACCUGGACAACUUGAAUAACAACAACAACAGUAAUAAUAAUAAUAAUAAUAAUAGUAAUAAUAAUAACAGUAGUAGUAGUAGUAGUAAUAAAGAAGUUUUGUGA